AGCUGCUAUUAUUUAUCACCUCCCUCUUUCCAACUUUAUCCGAUUUCACUAUAUCCCCCUUCCAAUAAAUCAAAAACCACUUUCCCCAAAAAUCAAUACCCUCACCGAUCACACACACACACACCAUGUCAACCACCCACCGUCCACCACCCAAACCACUGGAUCUCGAAAUCACCAUCGUCUCCGCGAAACACCUCAAAAACGUCAACUGGCGCAACGGUGAUCUCAAACCAUACGCCAUCUUCUGGCUCGACCCCGAUCGUCGUUUGGCCACCAAAUCCGACGACUCUAAUUCCACCAAACCUGUUUGGAAUGAACGUUUCCUUAUCCCUAUUCCAAACACCCCUUCUUCCGCUCCUAUUUUCUUAACUCUUGAAAUCUUUCAUUCCAAACCUUCAGAUACUCCCAAACCCUUAGUCGGUACCUUUCGUCUACCCAUCGAUGAUUUACCUAACCCCGAAGAUUCAGCUCUUAUCAGAACUUUUGAUCUCCGCCGUCCAUCUGGUCGUCUUAAUGGUAAGAUUAAAUUAAAACUUUCUUUACGUGAACGUCCUUUACCUGAUUACCAAAUUCCCCCUCAACCUUCUUAUUAUUACCAAACUGCCCCUCCUCCUCCUCCCCCGCCUUCUUACGGCAGAUUCUCACCGUCUCCGUAUUCCCCCUCACCGCCGCCUUCAGCGGUGCCUCCUCCACCGUCUGCUGCACCACCACCACCACCGUACCACUACGGAUCAUAUUCCGAUCCGUAUUCCGGUUAUUACCAGAGCGGAUACUACUCUCAACCACCUCCACCGCCGCCGCAACAGACUCCGCGGAUGUUUAGCGAUAGGCCGACGAGCUAUGGCGGUGGCAGCGUAGGGGGAGGACCUAGCGCACCUGUCGAGUAUGAUCAGUUUGAUCAGAAGCAGAAAGCUGGGAAGGUAGGGUCAGGAUUAGGUGUAGGAGCUGUGGCAGGGGGCUUAGGUGGACUUACAAUCGACGAAGGAUUGCGGUAUGACGAUGAUAAGGUUUCGGAGAAAGUUGAGAGUGACUUGAAUGCAAGGGAACUUGACGAUUAUGCCGGGUAUCGUCGUCGUAUGGAUUAUUGAUUAAUAAUCACGGGGCUUAUGGUAAAUGUUUACUGAUUAAUGAGGUAAAUGUUAAGCUAUCAUAAUGGGUUUUCUCUAAUGUUUAUGUUGGUGUAUAUGUAUAUCUUGUGUUUGCUAUCCUAUGAACUGAUUGAAGUUAUAAGAAGUUGUGAAACAAAUUCGAUA